AAGAUACUCGAAGUGACAGCCGUUCAGGGUGCGCACGCGAGUCCGGUGACAGGUCUUGAGCGAAGGGAGCGCGGAGGAAUUCAAGUGAAGAUGCCCGCGGACUAACUAACUUAGAGUCGACACACGCACUGUGUCACGGCGCUCGGGACCCCAACUCGUCAGGACUCGACUCCUGCCGGUCUGUGCUCCACUCGCUCGUCCUCUGCGGUCCCUCCUCAGUCCACAGCUGCGUGGGUAGUCUGUUGGAGGAGGGGGGGAAAUGCUCGCUUCCUCGCCGAGGAACAUUCCCGCUCUCUCGGUGCCGUGACGCAGCCAUUUACCUGAGAAAAAUGGCCCCGCAGAACCUCAGCUGCCAUUACGAUGAGCCCAUGAGCUUUUUCUACAACAACAGCGGCGCCGACGACAAAUGGGACAAGACCCAGCUCAUCCUGGUCCAAGUGGUGGGCUCGCUCUUCUGCUGUUUCAUCCUGGUCUCCAAUGCCAUGGUCAUCGCCGCCGUCAUCACCAACAAGAGGUUCCACUACCCCUUCUACUAUCUCCUCUCCAACCUCGCCGCCUCGGACUUCCUGGCGGGCAUCGCGUACGUGUACCUCAUGUUCAACACCGGCGAGGUGUCGCGGAAGCUGACGGUGAAAGGAUAUUUCAUCCGCCAAGGUCUUCUGGACAUCAGCCUCUCCGCCUCGCUGGCCAACCUGCUGGUCAUCGCUCUGGAGCGUUACAUCUCCAUCAUGAACUUUAAAGUCCACAGCAACCUGACCAAGAGGAGGGUGACCCUGCUCAUCGUUCUGGUGUGGGCCAUCUCCAUCCUCAUGGGGGCCGUGCCCAGCCUGGGCUGGAACUGCAUCUGCAACCUGAGCGACUGCUCCCAGCUGGCGCCCAUCUUCAGCAGGAGCUACCUGGUCUUCUGGUCGGCAUCCAACCUGGUAGUCUUCCUGGUGAUGGUGGCCAUCUACAUGAGGAUCUACGCCUACGUCAAGAAGAAGACGUCCUUGCUCACGCCGCACACGAGCGGCUCCAUCAACCGCAAGAGGACGCCCAUCAAGCUCAUCAAAACGGUCAUGGUGGUGCUCGGAGCCUUUGUGAUCUGCUGGACUCCCGGCUUGGUGGUUCUGCUGCUGGACGGACUCAACUGCACCAGCUGCAACGUCAUGAAACUGAAGCGCUGGCUGCUGCUGCUGGCCGUCCUGAACUCUGUCAUGAACCCCUGCAUCUACUCCUACAAGGACGAGGAAAUGUGGACCACCUUCAAGAACCUCAUGCGAUGCAUAGGCAACGGCACGCGGCGGCAGCGGUCCACGCGAGCCAACACCCGGCCCCUGAGCUCCGGCAACGACACCGGCACCAGCCCGCCUCCGUCCCAGGAGGCCAAAAACGGCGAGGAGAAUGUCUUCCAGACCUGAGAAUGGGGUUUGU